CGAGCAUCUUGGAAUCGACUCCGACCUCUAUAUAAAAUGACAUGAUGAGUGGAAUUCUAAAAAGCUGGAUUUUGGGGAAAUUGAGGGGCUCACUGGCCUCAAUAUCAGAGAAUCCUAUGCAUCUUGGACAGCAUAAUCGUGUCCAGGUUGUCCGGUUUAUUACAUAUAAAAGCCCAGUUUUUGCAGAGGUUUCUGACAUGGAAAGCAUUAUUUUUUGUGAAUUUACAGAGGAAUGUGUUGAAGCAUAUCAAAAUGAAUUUGGAAAGCGUUUUACACAAAUUAGAGGGGCAUAUUUAACAUUGAAGAAUAUGUUACUUGAGGUUUAUGAGGAAAGUAAUUUUAAAAUAUCAGCGAAACUUAUUGUUCGACAAAUUCAAUUUCUGGGAGGGGAUGGAGAGGCAAUUGUUGGACGACCGGUAUUUUUUAAUGAAUAUCCAGAAAUACGUGCAUUAUUAUAUUCUACGCAUGUUAAAAAACUUAUUUAUCCACAAACAUUAAUUAAAGAACAAGAAGAGGUUGAUCAACAAUCAGAGACUAAAUCAUCAAAUGAGUCUAUUGAAACAUUUACAAAAAAUAAUAAAAAGCGUAUAUUUUUUUCAACACCACCUUCAAAUAAUCAAGGAGAUUUGUCUAAAAAAAAACGGAAAAGAUUUUUGCAUCCAGGAUGGCGGGGAUUUUUUGAGGUUACAUAUCAAGAUUGCAUUAUUAGUGAUGAUCAAAGAAAAAUAUUGGAACGAGAUGAAGCAUGGUACCCACCGAUUAAUAUGUCUCAUGAAAUUGUAAUUGCAAAAAAUACCGCUCAUAAUGAAUCAAAAGAUGAUCAUGGAGAUAUUUGUCCUUUAAAUGGUCGUAUGAUAGAUAUGUUAAGUUCAUCGCCUGGAACUCCAUUUUCAUGGGAAGAAUCGCCUACAUUAAAUCAAAGCUCUACAUCCAUUUCUGAAAUAAAGGAAAUGCAAAAUGAAUCAUCUUUUUUUAUUGAAAAAGAAAGAUUUUUUAGUGAUAAUGAUACGCUUCCUCCAUCAAGUCCAUCAAUUACUUCAUGAAGUCCUUCGCUACAAGCAUUGAUAAGAAAAAAAUUCAUAAAGUA